AUGACCACAUUUAGAGAUGGGGCCCAUGAGCAGGUCAGAAUUUCCUCUGGAAAAGCUGGAAAAUACUGCAAACGAAUCAACAUCCUUCAGACACCUGGGCGCGAAGAUAAGUUGGCCUUCCUGUUACUCUAUUUCAAUGACACUCACAGAAGCAUUCAGAAGGCCAAAGCUCCCCCCAGAGGCCUGGAGGAGUUCAUGGAAAGAGACUCUCUUCUGCGGAGGACCUGGCAAGCAGGCAGUAUCGCAUCUGAGGUUCCUGGCUCUUCUCGGGUACAUAAUGGGACUGAAAACAACCAGUGUUCUCUCCACCCUUUCCAAGUGAGCUUCCGCCAGCUGGGCUGGGAUCACUGGAUCAUUGCUCCUCAUCUCUACACCCCAAACUACUGUAAGGGGGUCUGUCCUCGGGUGCUGCGCUAUGGUCUCAAUUCCCCUAAUCAUGCUGUCAUUCAGAACCUUGUCAAUGAGCUGGUGGACCAGAGUGUUCCUCAACCCUCCUGUGUCCCUUAUAAGUAUGUUCCCAUUGGCAUCCUGUUCACUGAGGCCAAUGGGAGUAUUUUGUACAAGGAGUAUGAGGAUAUGAUUGCCCAGUCCUGCACAUGUCGGUGA